GCCUAGGCUCAUCAUGGUGCAGCAGGUCCUAAUGGUAGCUGAAAAGCCCUCUAUUGCGGAGGCUCUCGCGAAGUCACUAUGUAAAGGCAAAUACAACUCUCGAAGGGGAGUGUCACCUGUCGGUCAAGUGCAUGAGUUCAACGGCGAAUUCCAGGGGAGUCCGGCGUGGUUGAAGAUUACGUCUGUUGCGGGUCACGUGUACAGCAUAGACUUCCCGCCUGAGCUCAACAACUGGGAUAGAGUGGAUCCGGCCAAGCUGUUCGAGUCCAAGACUGUUCAGAAAGAGGCCAACCCCAAGCAGAGGAUGCCUCAGCAUCUGCGUUCAGAAUCCAAGGGCUGCGACCAUCUAGUACUCUGGCUCGAUUGUGAUCGAGAAGGGGAGAAUAUCUGUUAUGAAGUGAUGCAGAAUGUCGCUCCUAACCUGUCCGACCGCAAGAAUGUAUGGCGCGCCAAGUUCUCUAGUUUGGUGGCUAAGGAUCUUCAGCAUGCCUACCGUAACCUCGGAUACCCCAAUCAGAAUGAGGCGCUGUCAGUGGAUGCCCGCCAGGAAAUCGACCUCAAAACGGGCGUUGCCUUCACUCGUUUUCAGACCAGAUACUUUCAGGGUAAAUACGGCGAUCUUGAUUCCUCUCUGGUCUCGUACGGACCAUGCCAAACGCCAACUCUGUGGUUCUGUGUACGGAGGCAUAACGACAUUCAGACAUUCCAACCCGAGACUUACUACACCAUCGAUGUCAAACUUGAAGGCUCUCAGCUGGCUUCUCCUCUGUGGUUGGAAUGGUCUCGCGGUCAGCUGUUCGACCUGCAAGCAGCUACCACGUUCAAGUCGAUGAUCGAUGCUUAUCAAUGGGCGACAGUGACGGAUGUUAGUGAGAAGGAGGAGCGGAGGUCUAGACCAGGAGCUAUGAACACUGUGUUGAUGCUCAAGCUGGCCUCUCAGCAGCUGGGAAUGGGACCACAGCAGGCCAUGCAGGUGGCCGAGCGUCUGUACCUGUCGGGCUACAUCACGUACCCUCGUACAGAGACUACGAAAUAUCCUCCUGCAUUCGACCUGCGAGAGGCUGUAUCUUUCCAAUCACGGAAUCCCUACUGGGGCGAGUUCGCGACAGAACUGCUAACAACUGGCCUCAAUCGACCUAAGGAGGGCUAUGACGCUGGUGACCAUCCACCCAUCACCCCAGUCAGGUCGGCGACAGAAGGCGACUUUGGUAGCUCUGACUCUUGGAGGCUCUUCGACAUGCUUACUCGUCACUUCCUGGCCAGCCUUGGUCAUGACUGCAAGUUCACUAGAACUAAAGUCCAUUUCGUCAUUGGGGAAGAGGUGAGCACUAGCAGCAACAGCCAUCGGGCAGGGCACUAUUGGCGGCUUGUUACUCGUAUGGUUCUUCCUCAGUUGAAAAUUGGGGAGAAGUUACAGAUAGCGUCAAAAUCGAUCAGUAGUGCCAAGACGAAGCCUCCUCCGUAUCUUUCCGAGUCGGAUCUUCUUGGCUUGAUGGAGAAGAAUGGCAUUGGCACUGACGCGUCGAUGGCUACCCAUAUCAACAACAUCUGUGAGCGUAACUACGUUUCUCUCACAGAUGGUCGGAGACUGGUGCCUACCAAACUGGGUAUCACAUUAGUCCAUGGCUAUCAAGCUAUUGAUAAUGAGUUGGUCAUCCCUAGGGUGAGGGCUAACAUAGAAAGUGAGUGUACUCUUAUUGCUAAUGGGAAGGCCCGGAAGGAUGAGGUGACAGCCCAUGCCCUCACCAUCUUCCAACAAAAGUUUAUGUACUUCGUGUCGCACGUUGACCUCAUGGACCACCUCUUUGAGUCGACGUUCACCUCACUGGCUGCCACAGGCAAGCUCAUGUCUAGAUGCGGUAAAUGCAGAACGUAUAUGAACUUGAUAGACAAGAAACCGGUUCGGCUCUUCUGUCGUCAUUGUGAUGAGACGUAUGCUCUGCCUCAAACCGGGAGUAGCGUCAAGCUUUACAAGGAGCUCACUUGCCCUCUCGACAACUUCCAGUUGGUCAUGAUAUCAUAUCCAUCUACAGCUGGCGGUGGACGGAAACAGUAUCCUCUUUGUCCGAUGUGCUACAACGACCCGCCGUUCCCCGAAUCCAAGCCGAAGAGUUCGUGUUGGGAGUGCCUCCAUCCUACUUGUAAACAUGCCUUAGCUUCUGUCGGGGUAUGCGGAUGCCCGCAAGAUAGCUGCAGUGGAACUCUCUGUCUCGAUGCUGAGAGUAAACCGAAGUGGAAAUUAGACUGCAACACGUGUAACUACCAGCUUAGACUAUUCCAAGAUAAAGCCCAUAAGAUUACCGUUACCAAGGACAAGUGUGAGAAUUGCGGGAGCAAGCUCUUGAAUGUCGAGUUCAGCAAAGGGAAGUCUUCACUUUCUAACGGAGCCGAGAGUGUAGUGGGUUGUCUAGUGUGUGACGAUGCGCUCAAUUCCCAAGUCGAAAGUUCCUUUGCUCGAUUAAGCAAACGCCACGGCGGGGGCAAGGGUAAGGGAGGCCGGCGAGGGAAGGGCCGGGGCGGAAAACGAGCUAAUGUUGACGUACGGAUGACUUUCGAUGGUUUCUAA